AAGGAAUGCCACCUUAUAGAACCUAAAAGCUGCUCUCCAAAGGACUUACAUAGUUUAGCAGCGGUGUCUUUUUUUCUGACGCUGCCUGGAACGUAUUCUUGCCAUGGCCAUCACCUCACGUUUGAUGGUCAUCUCUGUUUUACUCGUCUACCUCUGUUCAGUUCAAGAUGUUUUUUCAGAAGACUCUGCAACUGUGUCAUCAACUGAGUCACUUAGUAUCAGCAAUACACUUAACACAACACCUGAGGAGACAUCAACAGACGAUACACCAAGUCCAGUAACAUCUGAGCCAACAACCGCAGAGACCCCUACUUCAUCGACAAAUGAAGCCACUACAGAGACUUCUUCUACAACUGAUGAAGGAACAGGAACACCUGAGGCAACUGGCACUGGCAUGACAACUGACGCAGGCACUUCAGAUGAUUCCCCAACAACCGCACCUGCUAGCACAACAGUAGAUGAAACCAGUCCCACUAAUGGAGGUACUCUGGGGCCCACUGAUAGUAGCACACCAUCUAACACAGAUUCAACCACUGAUCCUGAUACUUCAACAGUUUCAGAGGCCUCGCCACAAACCCCUUUCACUACUAAUGCAGUGACAGGAACAUCUGACACUGGCAUGACGACUGACGCAGGCACUUCAGAUGAUUCCCCAACAACCGCACCUGCUGGCACAACAGUGGAUGAAACCAGUCCCACUAGUGGAGGUACUCUGGGGCCCACUGAUAGUCCUACACCAUCUAACACAGAUUCAACCACUGAUCCUGAUACUUCAACAGUUUCAGAGGCCUCGCCACAAACCCCUUUCACUACUGAUAAAGUGACAGGAACAUCUGAGGCAGUUGACACUAGCAUGACAACUGACGCAGGCACUUCAGAUGAUUCCCCAACAACUGCCCCUGCUGGCACAACAGUAGAUGAAACCAGUCCUACUAGUGGAGGUACUCUGGGGCCCACUGAUAGUAGCACACCAUCUAACACAGAUUCAACCACUGAUCCUGAUACUUCAACAGUUUCAGAGGCCUCGCCACAAACCCCUUUUACUACUGAUGAAGUGACAGGAACAUCUGGCACUGGCAUGACGACUGACGCAGGCACUUCAGAUGAUUCCCCAACAACCGCACCUGCUGGCACAACAGUGGAUGACACCAGUCCCACUAGUGGAGGUACUCUGGGGCCCACUGAUAGUCCUACACCAUCUAACACAGAUUCAACCACUGAUCCUGAUACUUCAACAGUUUCGGAGGUCACGCCACAAACCCCUUUCACUACAAAUGCAGUGACAGGAACAUCUGACACUAGCAUGAUAACUGACGCAGGCACUUCAGAUGAUUCCCCAACAACUGCACCUGCUGGCACAACAGUAGAUGAAACCAGUCCUACUAGUGGAGGUACUCUGGGGCCCACUGAUAGUAGCACACCAUCUAACACAGAUUCAACCACUGAUCCUGAUACUUCAACAGUUUCGGAGGCCACGCCACAAACCCCUUUCACUACUGAUGAAGUGACAGGAACAUCUGACACUGGCAUGACGACUGACGCAGGCACUUCAAAUGAUUCCCCAACAACCGCACCUGCUGGCACAACAGUGGAUGAAACCAGUCCUACUAGUGGAGGUACUCUGGGGCCCACUGAUAGUCCUACACCAUCUAACACAGAUUCAACCACUGAUCUUGAUACUUCAACAGUUUCAGAGGCCUCGCCACAAACCCCUUUUACUACUGAUGAAGUGACAGGAACAUCUGGCACUGCCAUGACGACUGACGCAGGCACUUCAGAUGAUUCCCCAACAACCGCACCUGCUGGCACAACAGUGGAUGAAACCAGUCCUACUAGUGGAGGUACUCUGGGGCCCACUGAUAGUCCUACACCAUCUAACACAGAUUCAACCACUGCUCUUGAUACUUCAACAGUUUCAGAGGCCUCGCCACAAACCCCUUUUACUACUGAUGAAGUGACAGGAACAUCUGGCACUGGCAUGACGACUGACGCAGGCACUUCAGAUGAUUCCCCAACAACAGCACCUGCUGGCACAACAGUGGAUGAAACCAGUCCUACUAGUGGAGGUACUCUGGGGCCCACUGAUAGUCCUACACCAUCUAACACAGAUUCAACCACUGAUCCUGAUACUUCGACAAUUACGGAGGCCUCGCCACAAACCCCUUUCACUACUGAUGCAGUGACAGGAACAUCUGGCACUGGCAUGACGGCUGACGCAGGCACUUCAGAUGAUUCCCCAACAACCGCACCUGCUGGCACAACAGUGGAUGAAACCAGUCCCACUAGUGGAGGUACUCUGGGGCCCACUGAUAGUCCUACACCAUCUAACACAGAUUCAACCACUGAUCUUGAUACUUCAACAGUUUCAGAGGCCUCGCCACAAACCCCUUUUACUACUGAUGAAGUGACAGGAACAUCUGGCACUGGCAUGACGACUGACGCAGGCACUUCAGAUGAUUCCCCAACAACCGCACCUGCUGGCACAACAGUGGAUGACACCAGUCCCACUAGUGGAGGUACUCUGGGGCCCACUGAUAGUCCUACACCAUCUAACACAGAUUCAACCACUGAUCCUGAUACUUCAACAGUUUCGGAGGUCACGCCACAAACCCCUUUCACUACUGAUGAAGUGACAGGAACAUCUGGCACUGGCAUGACGACUGACGCAGGCACUUCAGAUGAUUCCCCAACAACCGCACCUGCUGGCACAACAGUGGAUGACACCAGUCCCACUAGUGGAGGUACUGUGGGGCCCACUGAUAGUCCUACACCAUCUAACACAGAUUCAACCACUGAUCCUGAUACUUCAACAGUUUCGGAGGCCGCGCCACAAACCCCUUUCACUACUGAUACUACAGUAGAUGGAAGCAUUCCCACCAGUCCAAGGACAUCUGGGCCUGAUGACACUGUUACAACACUUGGCACUGGUAAAACCACUGCUCCCCCACUGUCAACUUUACCAGCAACAGUCGGAACAACAGUUAUACCAACGGUUUGUCAAAAUGGGGGAACUUUAGAUGGAGUUACCUGCAUUUGUCUUCCACAAUUCAGUGGGAGUAAAUGCGAAAUUUUUGUUCCAGUGACAACACCAGUCACCAUUAAACGGCCAGUGGUGGUCAACAUGAUGUUGAAUGAAAGAUUCAAUGACAAAUACCUUAACAACCAAUCUCAAGAAUACAAGGACUUUGUUGGAAACUUUAAAAAAAAGAUGACAACAUAUUAUGAGAGCAAAAUAAAAGAAACGUUUGAGGUUGUGGUGACAAAAGUAAGCCCAGGAAAGCCCUUAGGAAAACUGACAGUCAACACUGUAAAAAAGCGCUCACUUGAAGUCAUGGCCACCACUGAAAAUUUGAGUGUAAAUGUCAUCCAUGAAGUAAUUCUGGAUAUUCCAAACACAGCAGAGCAAGCGGAAUACAAUAAUGCAUUUGAAGAGAUUAAAAACGCCACUGAAGAGCUAGCGCACUGUGUAAAUGAUUGCAUUUUAGAUGUCUCUGACACAACUGUGGAACAAGCCGGUGUAGACCUGACACGGUCGUGCAACGGCACCAUCUAUGAGGCAAUCCUUGAAGAGUCAAAGGUCAUAUGUGUGACUGCGUGUAAUGAAAAACAUUCAAAUCCAAAAAUUUGCUACAGUGGCGGAGAAUGCAAGGUGUUAACUGAAGCGGUUUGCGAGUGUAAGAACACAGACACAGUCUGGUACCUGAAUGAUAACUGCAGUCAACCUUUACACCGGAUCGGUUUGAUUGCUGGCUUGAGCGCCGCCUUCGUGGUUCUCCUGGCGUCUGUGGCGGCCCUGGUUGCAUUUUCUGUGCUGAACAAACGCAAACAGAUCAAAGUCAAGGACCAGAAGAAAAAGCAGGUGAAUUUGUACAUGGAAGAAGAGGUUGAAUGGCCCCGCCCCAACAGCACAGGAGGCUCAAACAGAGUUGGAUACAACAAUCCAUCAUACUUAGACGAUAACUCAGGCUACGCCAAGCGACAGACACCUCCCCACCGGAAUUCUCCUCCACCCUCCUAUCCUUGGAGCAGGCCGAUGACUAUGUCAGACGGGCCGACCCCCAUGCCCCAAGCCGACCAGUGGCGCAACGAUUCGGGGUACGCUCGGCCUGCAAAUUCAGCCCAGUAUCAAGGAGACAUCCCGCUGGACCAUCUGAUGAGGGUUCGCAGACCUCAGGUUAGGUCUUCCUGGGAUGCCUGAGUAGCUGGAAGAAACCUCCAGAUUCAACGGAAAAACUUCUGACUUCCUUUCAAUAUUUUUGCUGCCUCACUUUAGUAUUUAUUUGAACAUUUUACUGUGUUUGACCUGCGUCCUCCACUUGUUAGUAAUCAAGCGCAACAACAAGAUUUCAUUUGUUUGAAUAACUAAACUCAAUUAAGUUUAUUUCUGAAGCCAUAUUUCCUUUCAGAGGGCUGCAGGUUGGUGUAGGGGUUAGCACUCUGGCCUCACAGCAAAAAGGUCUGGGAUCAAAGCCCGUACAAAGUUAGAUCAAACAUUGGAUAAUUAGUAGCUGUUGACACAAAAAUCCCACUAUAAAACUACACAUGAUUUCAGAAACACUAAUUUUUUUUAGAAACUCACAGCAAUAACUCAUAUUCUACUUGAUGCAAGAUGACUUGGCUGAUAACAUUUGACUGAGAGUAGAAAAAAAAUCAUAUUUUUAUAAAAUAAUUGUGUACACAGAAUAUAUGUGUACCUGUUUUGACAAAUUUUACAAGUACAAGACAAAUUUUCAUUAUUUAUUAAGUAUUUUCCUUUAGAAACUCACUUUAGUCCAGUUAAAUGUUACCUGUUAAGUCGUUCAGUCUUGCAUCAAAUGUUAUCCGCUCAUUUGACAACAGCAGAGGCUAAAUUGUCAUUUGUUUUGCAAUGCAAAGAAAGGAAAACGCCCAAUCUGAUUUGUUCAGAGGCUGGAGUUGAGAGGUUUCACAGACGUCCUGUCAGACCGUUAUAAAUGUGUCACAUCAAUGAGACGGCUUGAUGGCGGCGGCGGGGGAGGAAGGGGAAAGGAGAGGCGGCGGAUCUCACAUCAGGAGUCACUUUAUCUGGUUUAUAGUGGACCUUUAUGAAUAAGAAUGUAGUAAGGAUGUGACAAUAAACUACUAAAGGAUAUGAUGGUUCAGAGAGCAAAUACGCACUUUCGUGGAAGUUUCUGCAGAUGGGCUGAUGAGUGGGAAUUCGUAAAGAGCUUCAUCAUUGGCUCUUUUUUGGGGACUAAAGUACUAGUUUGUGAGGGUCAGCCAAUGAUGAUGAAGAUCUGAGGCAGAAUGAAGGUUGUACCAAGGAAAAACUGAAUAUGUACUUUGAUUUGCACAUUGUUGUUAAUAGUUUGGCUGACAUAAAUAAAUGUGCUGCUUGUUCAUUAA